AUGGUUGUCUGUCGUUUCUUCCAGCAAGGUCGCUGCAAAUUUGGCGACUCAUGCAAAAAUGAGCACCCUGGCCGUGCUGGAGCCGGACCGUCUGGGAACCGGUUUGGUGCCCUCUCAGGUGGCUUUGGAAGUCAAGGCUCUCAGCAGAACCAGCAACCAGCCAAUUACAACUUAAAUGAGAGCGACAUCAAGCUAGACCUGAGUGUCGGCAAAGGCCGACCAGAAUGGGUAUUCUCUGCAUACGCGCCCUUGAAGGAUCUUCCACGACAGCUGUUCGGCGGCCCCCAACGUGAACAGAGCAUGGAAGAGAUGCGCCUCCGCCACUAUCAAGCAGCGGCAGCAGGCAACAUGGACCAGGCCUUGCAGGAGGCCCAGGCUUUGUAUGAAGAGUCUGUAAAACAGAUGGAAGUGGCGCUGAGUAAUCCCAAGGGGGCUAUACAAUACAUCCUCGAUGGAGAUAAAGAACAUCCGAACCGCAUCGACAUUGUCAAUGGCAGCACACAGUCUAAUACGAACCAGGCAGCACCGGCUGGCGGAUCUGCUUUCGGUCAACCAUCUGGCCCUGCUCCGACCAAUGCAUUCGGCGGUAAUUCCUCAGCCUUUGGUCAGCCAUCAGCCUUCGGAAAAACUUCUGGCCUCGGCCAGCCAACUGCGUUUGGUCAGCCAUCCAUCCUUGGCCAAAAUCCAUCUCCCUUUGGCCAACCCUCAACUUUGGGGGGACAGGGUGGGUUCGGAAAACCUGCAUUCGGCCAGCCAGGAUUAGUACAACCUGCCACCAACCAGCCGGCGUUUGGUCAAACAGGAUUUGGUCAACCCACCGGCCCUGCAGCACCCUUUGGUGGUGCCACAGCAUCCGCUUCGCCAUUUGCCGUAGUGGGCCAGAACGCCAACCCUUCUCCAUUCGGUACAGUGAGCCAAAAUGCCAACCCUUCUCCAUUCGUUACAGCAAACCAAAACACCAAUCCUUCGCCAUUUGGUGCAAUUAAUCAGAAUACCAACCCUUCCCCGUUCGGACAGGCAGCGACCCAACAGCCUGCACCUGCGAACCCUUCUCCAUUCGGACAGGCAGCGACCCAACAGCCUGCACCUGCGAACCCUUCUCCAUUCGGACAGGUAGCAACCCAGCAACCAGCGCCAUCACCUUUUGGCCAACCAUCAAGCACAGGCGGCUUUGGUCAACCCUCCCAAAACCCAUCACCAUUCGGUCAGCCUCAACAGGCUAAUCCAGGUCCAUUUGGACAACCGACUGCCCCAGCAGCAAAUCCAUUUGGGGCCCCUCAAUCUGCUACUCCCUUCGGUCAACCAGCAGCUCCUCAAGGCGUGCCGGUAGCAAACACCAAUGCUGGUCCGCCUGCGUUCAUUCAGAUCAAUGACCCCAAUGAAUUGAACCCACUUCCACGACUGCAGGGUGAAACCAGACGUGAUCCUGUCUCUAACAAACUCACCGCGUGGAAGGGCCAACCCGUCCGAUACGUUAACAACCACCCCUGUUAUGAGCACCCGCAAGACCCCAAGACUCUGGUUCGUAUCAACUUCCCUGAUGGACCGCCUGACCCAGCUACGCUGCGUGAUUCCCAAGGGAAGGAUGAGGAGUACACCACCGAAGUCGAGGAGAUGUACAAAUUCUUCCUUGCGAACGGGUACUUUAAGGAUGGGAUUAUCCCCUCAGUGCCACCCAAGAGAGAAUACAUCAGCUUCGAUUUCUAA